GCUCAGAGGCUCUGCUUCUCAACGUGAAAGAAUGAAAUUUUUCUCUUUUUGUAUAAUAAGUGAUGAUUACUCACAAAAAUUGCAAAAGUUAAACAUGUUUUUGUUCAAACACUUUAUUCAAACUGCCGGUUGUUAGGAGGUGUUAAGUAGUAUUUUUUUGACCGUACAUAUUUGUGUGCUUCCACGUUACGCGUACAUAUGAUCUAAAGAGAUCAUAUGUUUUAGUCACGUUUCUUCUUCCUUAUGUUUUACUGUCAUCACGUUCUUUUCAAUUCUUCUGACGUCAUGUUAUGUCCUGUUCUACUGACGUCAUUAGUCCGGUGAGUAGUAAAGGACAUAUUCUUUCGGAUUCUUCUUUGUACGUCAUGACCUAAUAAUGUCAUGUUCUAGCCAGUUCUUCUGACAUCGUUAGACCCUUUUCUGAUCCUUUCUCGGAUGCUCGGAGAUAUGUAUAUAUAGCUGUAUUUUUUGUGAAUGAGUGAAGAUAGUAGUUUGUUACUGAAUAAAGUGACCAAGAUAGAAAAUCAAUCAAGAUAGUUUUACUACCUAACAUUGGUGCACUAGCCGAUCUUUGAUACAAACAACAUCAUUAUCAAGGAAGAACCCAGUACUGUUAUCAUUAUGAUGUAUGAAAAAUUGCGAAUGGAGAACCCAACGGGUCAAACGACAUCAACAAAAUUCGGUCCCGAAGGUCAUCGAUCAUGACAUCGUCCAUCGAAUAAUAGUAUUUUCAACGUCGGUGAAUUGGUAUUAGUACGAUGCGAAGCUAGUAACGAACGUCUUUCAGCAUCGAUCAUCGAUAUUGACAUGCAACAUCAGCGCUGUUUAGUCGUAAUUUAUGAUGAAUAUAUGAACAUUAUCAAACAAGUGAAAGUUCGUUUGGAAAAUAUUGAAUAUCUCAAGCAAAAACACCUUACUCAACAAUGGUAUCAUGAUUUGGAACCAGUGGAACCAAAUUCAAUUAUUACCACGCCAAGUCAUAUGACAUCAUCAUCGCCAUCAAUAACUACGCCAGUACCACCGUCAACAACACCAGCAUUAGAAUCCUUCCAAAACUUACUACCGUUCACUAGCGAGAUUGGCCAGAAUAUACUCGAUUGGCUUACGGCUUUCAAUCAAGCAUGCACAACAGCUGGCUUCGACGAAGAUCAACGACGAUUAUGGCAUCCGUUAAAACUAGUUGAUGGAACAAAAUCAUGGUAUCAUUUGGAGAAGUUAACAUUGAUAAAUUAUAACUGGAAACAAGUACAAAUGGCAUUCAUUGAGGCAUUUGGAACAUCCAACCAAAUCGAACAAGCAGCCAUAAUGUUGCCCACUCAGACAGCGCCAUAUGAAAUUGAGCACUCAUUAGAAGGAUUCUGGCUUGACAAAAUGAUAACAUCCGACGAUAGUAUAGCCCAGGUCACCAGUCAACAACAAACAUUAGUACCAGUUCCACAGUAUAUGAUGGUACCUCAGCCAGUGGUGAUGUCCCAAAUGCAAAAUGAUUUGAAUAUGAAACAAGCCCAAUUGGAAAAACCCGAAAUGACAUUAAAAGCCGAAAAAAUGGAAAUGGCACGGAUUAUAAUGACACAACAAGUACUAUCUGAACAGCAACAGCAUUGUGUACAAUUAGACAAUCUAGAAUUGAAUCGUUACCGUGAAUUAAUUCAAUUAAGAUUAGAACAUCCACAACAACCAUCAGCAUCCGUUACCCAGUUAGAAACCACAUCCGAACCAUCAGGUCAAGCAGUAGCAUAUCAUACUCUAUCAUUAAUGCCAAAAUUAGGAACUACUAGUAAACAACUCAUUGAGCAGCAACAUAUUAAAACAAAAAUGCAACAAGUAUUGCCUUGCGCGUUAUUAUUAUUAAAGCUGAUUAUGUUUGGUAGCGCCCUAAUAAGUCGGGAAACAACAUCAACGAAUGCCAAUUAUGGCUAUAUUGGUAUUGAAUUAACGCUGUUUGGUAUGAGUAUUAACCUUGUAUUCGAACAUGGUGAUCAAUUUAUUGCUAGUUUGUUAGGCCACAAUAAAAUUGAACCCUUGCUGCAUUGGAACUGGCUCUGGCCGUAUAUGGUCCCAUAA